ACCACACGGACAAACGAUUGUCAAUGGACUAUUUGAGACGGAUCUCAAUCGGUUUAUGUAACGGCUCCCUGCUUCUCGGCUGCGUGGUUUUUCUGACUUGUAAUUUGCAACCAGACCCUUUUAUCCGGAAGGAAAGAGCGAGGCAGAGAAAAAGGACUAAUUUCCAAACAAAAAAUGCCGUGAGUCUCGAAGUUUAGUGGGUUUUGUGUGGCGGCUGCUAUUUUGGCGAUCGAUCGCUCACUUUUCAUUUAUACUUGGCAGUCUUCCUCUCUUUUAUUGGAGUAUUUAAUAAGUGUGCCACAUGUGAGAUAAAGUAAUGACAUUAUACCGGAGAUCUAGUCAUCGAUGGAACUGAAGUUGUGCGUGCUAUGGUUAUGAAUCAUCCAAGGGAUUCAUAUUGAAUAUAAUUUAUCUGAGCAGGGGUCGAGUGGUUAAGAAAGAGUAGAUUCAUUCCAGCUGUGAAUCCACGAGCCUUUUGUGCUUAUAAAUCAUUUCGGUUUUAAUUAUUAGCUGACGUAGUGACACCCCUGAGGAGGAAAUCACUAAUACAAUUAUGCAGCAUUUGGACUUUUUAAUACCUCUCUAAGGCUUUAUACUUACCUUAUUCUACUCCAUAGGCAAGUGUAUUUCAGUCGUUUACACCACUAUAACAUUGAUUAAAGAUUACAUUGUGCAACGUGUCUUUCUACGACAUCGUAAUUCUCUCAAGUGACUUUGUGCGUGCGGUGUAGUAUUUUUCUUUCCACAUGGGAUCAUAGCUGAGCCCAUACGUCCUGUUCUCUUCCAUGCCCGUACCGUGGUCCAUUAUCAGCUCAGUGGACCUCAGUCUCUACAAACUUGUCGGGGACCUGCGGGCAUGGGAGAAGCGACCCCUGCUCAGUCUGCUGCAGGGGCAUUCGUACCCAUGUUGGGUGUAGGUUUAGGAACUAUGCCCGGUGGGGUCGGCAACGGACCGGUGGUGGCGGGCUCCAGGGGCUCCGCGGUUCCACAGCUGCACAACGCCAUAGUGGAGCGAUUGCGCGCCCGCAUCGAGCUGUGCAGGAGGCACCACUCCACCUGCGAGAACCGCUACCAAAGGGGCCAGGCCGAGACCUCGGACCGGGAGCACGAGAGUACGCUUCACCUGCUCAACAUUGUCCAACAAGGGCCCGGGAACCGAAAGGUGAAGGGCAGCCGGGGAUCGAACCAACAACCACCAGAGUACAGCAGGGCCAACGGAGAGCAAAAGGGCACCGAGGGCGAGCAGAAGAUUUCGACGCGCAUAGCGCUUCAAGGAUCUUUGCGCCGGAAAAUUGAGGGCCAUGCACCAGGACAUGCAUCAAAGCAGAAUGGGCUCUCGUGUGGUUUCUCUGGAUCUGACUUUAAGCGGGUCCGUAUGGAUACCAAUGGCCUGGGACAUGGGCCCUGCAACCAUAACUUAACCCAGUCUCACUCUCUGCAAGGCGCAUCAACCAUGGGCAUGCAGAGGAAGAAUUACAUGAUGCCCCAUGGAGUGGGGUCAGACAUAUUCAACAUGACCCUGAAAGAAAUGAAAAAAGAGCCCAUUGAGGUGCAGUCUUGUGGCCAGUCGAAUGCAGAAAUGAUCUUUGACUUCAAAGAUGAAGGUGGUGGUCAGAUUGACCCAGACCUCCAGGAUCUUUUUGACGAACUGACAAAGACCGUGCCAACGCUAAAUGACCUGGAGUUUGAGAAGAUGCUGAAGCAGGAUGAUACAUUUGGUAUGGACCUUGGCCGGCCAAACUCGGCAGGAGCAGCAGGGAAUCUGUGUUCCCCAAUGGAUAAGCCCAUAAAGUUGGAGCACUCCCCAGAUUUUGGCCCAGUUCACGGUGGCUCGCCACAGCUUCGACCAGCCUCAGCGGGACCCUCUUUCACGUUGACCAGCACCCCUACUACCAACUCGUCGCAGAAAGCUAACACUCAGGCAGGACACCCAAGAGCUCUGCCCUGCUGGCCAGAAAUAUCCCACGCAGAGCAGCUGAAGCAGAUGGCAGCAAACCAGCAACAGCCAAGCACUCUGCUCCACCACCUCCAUCAAACUCCUCCGGCAGGAUUGACCAACUGGGCUCCCGCAAUGAGUACCCACUCCUCCACCAGCGCCUUCCCCCAGGACAAGGUCUCCAGCCUGGCCCAGCUUAACCAGCAGAGGAUUGGCCCUCAAAGUAAAGGGAUCAACAACUGCCUCUUCAAGUCGAAUGGCCACAAUGGCUCUCAUCAUUUGGACAUGAAGGUUCUCAGCACCAAACCCACUUUGCACUUCAGCCCUAAAGCACCCCAUUCUGUCAGCCAACCGAUGCCCAUCAUGGCGACCUCGGUGAAGGCAUCAGCCCAGCAGCCGCAACAGUUGCCAUCGACCGUCCAGAAUCAGCCCCAUCCAUCCCUCCACUUUCAGAACCAGCAGAUCUCCACGUCAGGGACUCUCUGCCUGCCACCCAAGCCGGUUCCAUCAGGGCUGCCAUUCAAAUUAGCACAACAGCGACAGGGGGUUCCUCCUGGUCCAAGGCUGCCCACCAAUGGAAGUUUAGGAGUCAUGUCAGUCCAGUCGCAGCCACGGCCCCCGGCGCCCAUUAACCAGCAGAAAGGCCCUGCCAAAACUCAGGCCAUGCAGAGACAGCUUACUCAACAACAGCUCACUAUUAGCAAUUCAGAUAAAGACAAUGCACAUGAUCAGUUUAAUCGUCAUCUUACAAGACCCCCACCUGAUUACAAGCAGUCGCGAAGUAUGGUGGGAGUGCAGCAAGGAAACCUCUUCACAGGUCAAAACUCCUCCCAGUCUUCCAGCAAUGGCCCUGAGAAUGAUCUUCAGUCUAUGUCCUGUCACCUCCCGAGUGGGUCCGUCCCAAAGAUGAGUCAGUCGCCAUCGGACCGCAGAUUUGGUAUCGGGACUGACCUUCGUCCGAGUCCCUGUAUUGGUCAAUUCCAGCAGCAUAACAAUCAGAGUCGACUAGGACUCAAUCAAAAUAAAGCUAGGUUCUUGGGGCCAAAUACACACGGAAAUUCUUUUGGGAUGAACAAUGUAGCAGGUGUACAACAACCGAGAACAGCUGACCUGCAUUCCUCAGGAGUACCAGGACAGGCUCUCGGAGGCUUGAUGAAAAAUGUUAACAUGGGCUGGGGCUCAGCCAACAAGCAAGUGACAACUGGACUUGUUAGACGGUUACCCAAUCCCCUCCAGUCUCAGGGUGCGCAACUGGACAUGCCAAACCACCCUUACCAACAGAGGCAUAUUGGCCCUCCCAAUCAGGUAGCACCAGACAUUGGGAUGCUCCCUCUUAACCCUUCCAUAAGAGACACAGUUCCAAGACCAAACCAGCCGAUGAUGGGAUCUCCAUCAACAUUGGGAACCCUGAACCAGGCCUCGCCUGAACAGAGGGUACCAGCAGGGAACUUUGCAGACCCCAGCCCUAGCAGCUACCAGAAUAACCGGGCCAACCGUCUGACCUUUGACUUCCUCCCAGAGGGAGACAACACAGUUCCAGGGAUCAACACAGACUCAGACUUCAUAGACUCUCUGCUCAAGUCUGGCUCUGGUAAUGAUGAUUGGAUGAAAGAUAUAAAUUUGGAUGAGAUUCUGGGCAGUCACUCGUGAAUUUGGCUUACAGAUUGCUGAAAAUCAACCCGCAGCUCAAAGUAUAGAAAUUAUGGGUGUAGGGGUAACAUUUGUAAAUAAUGUUUAAAUGGAAUUUUAUAAACUCAUAUUAUUUGUUAUCCAAGUAUACUGUAUUGUUUUGUAAGGUAUUAACUGUGAAAGGAAUUUGUGUUCUGUCCUUAUUACUCCUGCAUAUUUUAUUCCUGAUAUAUCAACCAAGAAACUUUUCUUUUCAGUCACUGUUUUUAUGGUUUGUCAUACUCAUGCCGUAGUGCUGUGGUAUAGGAUAAAAUAUCAAUUCACACUGUGAAAAAAAAAAACAUUGCUGUGUUGCUUUCAAGUUCAUCUUGGUAUUCCAAGUUAAGUUUUUAAAUCUGCACCCACUAUUUAGCAUGAUGUUAUUUACCUUCAGAAGUUUUGCUAUCAUGCACAUGGAGAAUCUUGCCACAACAAAUGUUUUCUUACUUAUUGUUUAUGAUUUUUCAUCUGUGGUAGAUUUCAAUGCAAUUUCAGUAAUGUAACCCUUCUUUUUUUCAUGUGAUAUUUAAUAAUUAUUGGGAUAGUAAUGAGACAUUAUAAUACAUGUAAUUAAUCAAAUUGAUUUGAAUAAACAAACAAAUAAAAUGUGCUUAUUUGGUUUUCUUCACAUUUUGCCUUUUGUGAGGACUGUUCUUUCUGCCUGAUACAUACAGUAGUUCUUCAACUAAAAGUAAUACUUUUCUAAUGGCUGUCAUUUUGUUGUUAAUUCAUAAACAAACAUCUCUUAUAUUGACAAUUUAGACAAAUGGUAUAACUCUCAAUGUUCACAAUUAUCUCCUACAAAAACACAAAUCUUUGGCACUGCAGAAAUUGUCAUUUCGUUUUUGUCAUGAGAAGAAUCUAUACUAAUUCAUGACCUUUUAUGACAUACUGUACUAUGUCUUUUUUUCCUUGGGUAGUAUUUCAGUAUGUCAAAAGUAUAAUUAUAGUAUGUCUUAAAAAAGACAAAUAAUAUUCCAUAAAAAGUCAUAGUAUUGUAUGUUGUGAAAAAUAAAAUCAUAGUAUAGUGUGUCAUAAACAGUCAUAGUAUAUGUUUUAUAAAAAAACAUUCUGUAGUAAAAAAUCUUAAAAUGUUAAGUGUGAUUUCACCAUGAGCACA